AUACAGUAACAUGAUUCAGAUAAUCACUUAAUUCAAAACUUGUAAAAACCUUGUAGAAAGAUGCUCUUGUGGAAUUUUCUAUUCUACCAUACCAUUUUUGAAUAAAAGUGUCCUUGACAAGUCGUUUAAAGAUAUUGAUAAAAGCAUUUACAUUGCCAGCCCCUUGUGCAAGCCAUUCCUCAUGAAAACCAAUAUUGCAUAGCAUAUUCCUUAACAUUGAUACCCAAUUAGUAAUCUUGGGAUUAUUUUCAAAAUCAUGAAGUAAUACAUUAUACAUAACUUUAAUAUGCUUUCUGUCUUCACAAUUUAAGAUCUUAAGCCAGUACUUAACUAUAUAGGUCAAUCUUUGCAUGUACAUAUCAAGUCUACCUAACUCCCUAUAUACAAAAUCGUUCUGAGUAGACACUUUAACACCCAAGAUACUUUUACAAAACAUUGUAGGAAUUCUUUUAAUGAUGCUGGCUUGUGAGUAACCCAAAACUUCACAGCUGUAAAACAGAAUAGGUUUAACUAACUUGUCAAAUAAAUCAAGGACAUGUUUAACUGAUAAAUCAGUAAAUUAAAAAAAAAUAUCUUUUACUUGUAAAUUGCUUUUUGAGCUUGACCAGAAAGAGUUUUUUGACAUUCUACCCAGGAUCCACCAGACGUCAAAACAACUCGAAGAUAGCAAUAUCUUGAGAUAAUCUCAAUUUCAGAGUCACCAAAGUAAAAAUGCAUAUUGUCGGAUAAUCUCCCCACUUUUCUAAAAAUAACUAUUUUUGAUUUAUCUUUAUUGACAGUUAACUUCCACUUCGAGCAAUAUUCAUAUAAAAUGUUUAAAUUAUGUUGCAUAUCUUCGCUAGUUUGAGCAAAAAUAACAAUAUCAUCUGCAUGCAGUAACAAAAACAAUUUUAUCAAAGAAACAUCAAUGCCUUUGGCUCCCUUUAGAAACAAUUCAUCUUCCAGAUCAUUAAGGUAUAAUGAAAACAAGAAAGGACUGAGACGUUCACCUUGCCUCACGCCUAAUAAACUUUCAAAGACUUCUCCAGUCUCAUUUAAUAGUUUUACUCUAGAUUUAACCUGUGAAUACAUGCUUUUUAUGACCUCAAAUAACUUCCCUCUAAGUCCUAAUUUAUACAACUUGUACCAUAUAUGCUUUCCCAAGUAAAUAAUCGAACGCUUUAGAAAAGUCGACAAAUAAACAAAAUAACUGCUGCUUAUUAUUGAACACAUGGCUUAUCAAACUAUUUAAUACAAAACUGUUGUCAAUUGUACCCAUUUUGGCACGAAACCCAGCUUGAGCUUCAAUGUAAAUAUAAUUACUUUCAGCCCAAUUAUUAAGGCGUUCAUUAAUACAUUUUGUAUAAAAAUUUACUAACAACACUUAGUAAAGUUAUACCUCUAAAAAAAUUAACAUCCUCUAUAGAACCUUUCUUGUGAAUUGGAAUAAUAUAUCCUCCACUCCAUUUGUCUGGAAAAUAUCCCAUGUUGAUAAUUUUAUUAAAAAGUGUCAGCAGUACCUGACCUAAUACAUCUUUACCAUGAAAAAUAAAUUCAUUUAUGAUUUAAUUUGGUCCUGUCCUUCAUUUCAUUAUUUAGGAUAGUUUCAUUAAAGUUCAAAACAUCCUCAUCUGGUUAAAAAAUAUAUCUACUGGGUUAUUUAUUGUUUUAAAAUAAUUAGUAAAAGAAUCUAAUGAAAUAUUUCGAGGCUGUUUAGCAUUUGUACCAUCUUUCAACAACUUCCAGUAUAGUUUAGCAUUUUUAAAUCGGGUAUUUCAUAAUUGUGCAGUUUAUAUUUUGUUUUGUUUUCAUAGUGAAAUGAUCUGACACUUUUCUUAUAUAUGCUGCGAGCCUCAAUCAUUGCCUGUCUAUUAAUGUCGGAUUUUUCUUUUCUGAAAUUGUUUAAUUUAUUAUAAAACGUUUUUCUGUUUUCCUAGCAAAUAUUUUCAAAAAGUUGAUAACUCCCAGUUAUCGGUGGACUCUUUUGUGAUAUAUUUUGUGAAUUGCGGCUGUUAUGAUGGCUUUGUUUACCAAACCAUGGCCUACUGGCCGACUCAAUACACACGGAAAAAUCAUGCAAACACAGAUCAAUAUCUACACUUGUAGUGGCAAUUUCAAUUCUACUAGUAAGUUCAGCAAGUCGUCUAUUCUGUAAAUUGUUAUCAUAUAAACCUGCGGUGUAAUGGCCCUUUUUCUGAUCGUUCCAUUUAUAGUAAAAACUAUCGGAAGUAUGUUUUGAGUAGUUAUAUUCGCCGGUACUGCCAUUAUCAGUUUUAUUGGUACCUGUUUUCCCAAAUAUUGAACAUUCUAACACACAGUGAUUAGAAAUUAAAUUAGGCUCGUGCGUAAUAAAUGAAAGCAAACUUUUAAAAUAUUUUGACUAACAAUACAAUAGUCUACUAAGCUCAAACCAUUAUGACUAAAAUAAGUACAUGCACCGGUAUCAUUACACACUUUGCCAUUAUCAACUCUAAGGCCUGUCUGUUUUAAAAAUCGAACAGCAGCGAACCAUUUGAAUUUGUCCCUUUAUCCGACGAUAUUCGUGGUUAUUUAUUAUCCGUUUUAUAAUCCUCAGGUAAUAAAUCGAGAAAAAACAGUGAGUCAGUAUCAUUAGCAACAUAGUCAGGCAGUGCUCCUAUUCUCGAAUUUAAGUCACCCAGUAACAUAAAUGAGCACUGCGUACCGUUAUUUAUAUAUUGUAUGUGUAUAAUGUCUUCUAAAAUCGUUUCAUAUACAUUCGACUCGGUAAGAGCCUGCCUACUAGAGUUACUAGGCACAAUGUAAAAAAGACAAAGAAAAAGGUCGGUGUCCUAUUUGAAAUGAUCACCGUUAAGCUUAAUCCAAAAGAGAGAAUCUGAAUAAUUUAAUAAAAGCAUGUUGUCACGGGCCAUUUCCUCUCUAACAUAUACAAUAAUACCUCCCAAAUUACGUGUGGUCCCUAAUAGUUUUUUCUGUUCUGUUUAAUAUGAAAUGAUUAAACCCGAUUUUACUGUAAUCGAUAUGCUCCGCACCCCAGGAUUCUGUAAAACAUAUAACGUCAUUGUUACAGAAUAAGUUUUCAAUUUCUUGACAGUUUAGUUUAUUGUGCGAUUUUGUAAUCAAUCCUUGCACAUUAAGUAGGACGAACCUAACUGUAGGUACAGUGUUUACAUUAUUGUCGCUUCGCGUAUCCUAGGCUGGGGAUUUUCCAUUCACUACUGGUUGACCUUGAUUCUGAUUGGCUGUGGUCUUCGGUACCUGUGACGUAUUCCUUGGUAGGCGUCCACUAGCUGAACGAGCUCGCUGCGGAUUGGCCACUGACUGUACUCUUGACCGAGGUCGACCACGCUGCUUUUGUUUACUAACACUGCUGCUUAAAACUUGAGUGUUUAUUUGCGACUGAGAACUGUCAACGUUACUUUUCAGCGGUUGAGAAGCACUUAGUCUUGUAGUAUCGUUAAUGAAUUUGGCUCUUUCACUACCGGCCUGAUUCUGUUCUCUAAAUAGCGGGGGUGGAGGACGUGUCGCAAAGAUAUUUGGCUGAGUUUGGGGAGAUUGCGUUGAAUGCUCAAUCAUUUGACUUCGAGGGUUAAUAUACCCGGACUUCCCAUUGUAUGAAGGCCGAUUCAAUAGCCUAUUCCAAUCAGGGAAUUCAUCACGGAUGAUUUCUCCAUUUACUUCAAGGGAAGCCGGGUAGCGCAGCUGUACGCAUGCAGAUCUAUGCUCGGCGCUGUAUAUCUUAAACAUAGGCCAUAUCUUUUUUCUAGCUUGCCUGACUUCUUCCGGGUAGUCCCUGUCGACUGCAAAAGUGGAUCCCGCAAGAAAUCUCGCUUUUUUUCAUCACAGUAUCGACUUCAUGUCCGUAUCUGAAACUUACUAUGAUCGGACGUGUGGCUGCGUCGGAUGAGAUGUCUGCUUAAUAAUAAUAAUAAAGUAUUGUAGAAGUGUAUCGGACUAGGAUGUUAAUAAUCUGUAUUGCACUAACCUUUGCGUUUAGCCCUCAAUUAUUAUGUCGUUUGAUAUCGCUAAAACACUCUGGCACGUGUGACACACAAUGGCCAUACAUGUUGAAAUCAGUAGUUCUUUUGUUUUAAAGCAAUUGAAUGUAUGCCAUAUAAUGUAAUUAUGCUUUCAAAUGAUUCUUACAUAAGCAUCAAUUGAAUAGAAUUAGUUUGCGCAAGUAUUUCAUAUGUCCGGGGUUUUACUAGUAUGAGAAAUAAAAUGUUAUAAGAUACAUAAUAUGUAUCAGUGGAAUAAUAUUGAGUUCUCGCUGUUUCAUACAAAAUUGUAUUUAAAUAUUCAAUAUUUCAAAAACGAUGUAAGAAAUGAUAUCACAGGUUAUUUUUUUCUCCUCAUUGUCCGAUGUAUGCCGAUGAAACUGACUUUGAAUGUAAGCGUAAGAGAAAAGAUAUUAGAUUUCCAUUCAAAUGUAGCUCACUCAUGUUAGAACACAGAAUUUGUUUUAUUAUGGUUCACCAAACCAAAUCGAAACAGUGAAAAACAACAAUUUGAUACCUUCAAUUGUGCAUAUAAAUGAUGCUUUUAUGCAUUCAUACACGUCUAUAGACCACUUGAAAGCAUACACUUAAUAUUAUUUUUUUCAAUAAAUACUGUUGACACACAAUUAAUUAUUUAUUGAAUCGUAAUAAUCCUUAAAAUAUAAUUAAGUAGGUGUGAAAUAAAAGUUAAUAAAGCCAAAACGACAGUUAUUAAAUGCUUUACUGAAAAGAUAAAAUUUAAAUACAAAAUUAAAUUGUACUGUAACAAUUCUGAUCAAAUACGUAUAUAUCAAUGAGACAUAGGUUUUAAAAUAUUGUUAUCAAUAUGCUCGAAAAAAAACAGCCUACAUACUCGCAGUGAAAACAGAAUUGCACUUGGGAGAUGGGGUGGGUGCUUCGGACUCCACACACUUUGACCAUCCCAAUUGCGUUCAUACCCCGAUAAUGACAUCAGUCCCGCAAUUCAUUCCUUAAUUGAUGCCUGGUGUCAGACCCAAUAUUAACUUUGGUAUUAAUCGAAAUGUAAUACUGAUAAUUAAUAUGGUCAAUAAAUGACCAAACUUCAUGAUUGACACCAAAAAUGAACGAUCACAUUUAUUUGAAUUAUAUUGAAAUAAAAAUGCAUAAACUUGCAUUAUUGCCCGGCUAACAAGCUUGUUCUCAGCAUUAAAUCCGGAAUAAACGUCUUUUUUGUCUCAUAUAUACACAUAUUGCACUCUCAUUAUAUUUCUGUGACUUUUUGCCAAAAUAAAUUGCUAUGUUUGAUAAUAUUGGAGCACAAGACAUACAAAAUUAAUUAUAGAGUACAGUUUACUCAAGUUAGGCACUAAGUGUUUCCUUCCUUUUUAGUUUUUAAAAUAAAGGCUUUAAAAUGUAGAUUCAAUGACAUUUAAAUCGUGUAUGCUAAUUAAAAAAGGAAAUUGAUGUUAUGUUUUGUCAAGUGUUUUCUUUACAUUAAUGAAAUAUCAUCAAGGAUCUAUGAAUAUUAAACUAUUUACAAACAUAGGAUGAACAGCUUCGGAAAUGUAAAUUGUUUGGCUUGUUCGUAUUGAUGUUAAAAAAAGUUGUAUGGAUUUAAUAUAUUUACAAAAGUUGGUGUUUUUGCUGGCAGUGGCAGCGAUGAAUGGCGGCUUCGGGGCAGGAGACCAGAAAGGUUGCGCAAACGGCGCUUCUAAUUACACUUUUAUCGAAAGAGCGGUUGAGAGGGUGAAAAAAGAUGUCAUGGUCUAUCGCCUAGAGAUCUACAAAAGUUCUUGUGGCUUUUUGGAAGAAGUGCUGGACCUGAUUAUCAAUAAAUGUAAAAAAAAAACAAGAAUUGCGCGUAUAUAUGAGCCGAUGUAUUACUACAUAAUCAACACCACCAACGUGACAAAGUGUUGUAUUGGAUUCAUUACAGAAAAUGGUACCUGCGUUAGAGCGUGUGGUCCACACGAAUAUGGUGUCGACUGCAAAGAAACAUGCACGUGCAAUUUGAAGGGGUCCCAUGGCGCCAAAUGUGACGAUAUUACAGGUCGCUGUCACUGCCGCGAGGGCUACAGUGGAGCCAAUUGUCAACACUAUGUUGAGGUCUGUCCUUUUGGACAUUAUGGUUCGAACUGCAGAAACAUUUGCAUGUGCCAGAAUAACUCAACAUGCGACGCAGCGACUGGCACGUGUAACUGUUCAGCCACCCCCGGGUGGGUGGGAUCCUUCUGUGAGAAAGGGUGUGGUCCACACGAAUAUGGUGUCGACUGCAAAGAAACAUGCACGUGCAAUUUGAAGGGGUCCCAUGGCGCCAAAUGUGACGAUAUUACAGGUCGCUGUCACUGCCGCGAGGGCUACAGUGGAGCCAAUUGUCAACACUAUGUUGAGGUCUGUCCUUUUGGACAUUAUGGUUCGAACUGCAGAAACAUUUGCAUGUGCCAGAAUAACUCAACAUGCGACGCAGCGACUGGCACGUGUAACUGUUCAGCCACCCCCGGGUGGGUGGGAUCCUUCUGUGAGAAAGCGUGUGGUCCACACGAAUAUGGUGUCGACUGCAAAGAAACAUGCACGUGCAAUUUGAAGGGGUCCCAUGGCGCCAAAUGUGACGAUAUUACAGGUCGCUGUCACUGCCGCGAGGGCUACAGUGGAGCCAAUUGUCAACACUAUGUUGAGGUCUGUCCUUUUGGACAUUAUGGUUCGAACUGCAGAAACAUUUGCAUGUGCCAGAAUAACUCAACAUGCGACGCAGCGACUGGCACGUGUAACUGUUCAGCCACCCCCGGGUGGGUGGGAUCCUUCUGUGAGAAAGCGUGUGGUCCACACGAAUAUGGUGUCGACUGCAAAGAAACAUGCACGUGCAAUUUGAAGGGGUCCCAUGGCGCCAAAUGUGACGAUAUUACAGGUCGCUGUCACUGCCGCGAGGGCUACAGUGGAGCCAAUUGUCAACACUAUGUUGAGGCUGAAGCGAAUCAUCCAGACAACACAGUCAAAUCAAACACAUUUCCAACGGAUGCACGUACAGGGGUAGUUAUUGGUGCUGUUAUAGUGUUGGGUGCUGCUGUAGUUAUAGCUGUCUUGGUCACACGAAGAUUAUUACGAAGGGAAGGACAAGGCCACAACGACGAGCGAGAGAAAACAAACCCUGGAGUUGCAGCAACUCAACCCGAACCAUACGAAGCAUUAAAUAUCGCCAGCAUGGAGGAACGUGACAGGAGGGAUGCCAACACAGUGUUACUCACGACAUUGCAAUCUGGAGUGCCAGACAGUGACUGUUACGAAACAAUACCGAACUAAUUGCAAUGGAUAGAGCAACAACAAGUCAGGAUUCUCAUUCAUACACAAACACGAUGCCAAUAUCGGUUAGGAAAUGACAACACAUGUCAAGAAAUGAAAACAUAGGUUGAGGAAUGACAACUAACGUCAUAGCACAACCUAUUACAAAAUUUUGGUUUACGGUUUAUUUGGUAUAAAUUUCGAAACACUAGACUAAACUACAGAGUAGAACAAACGUUAACUAUUCUACGUUUAUAAUGAUAUUAUCAUAUAUAUUUCAUUAUGAGAUGUCGGCUCAUAUUUUGCAUUCUCGUUUUUCUAGAUCUUCGUUAGAUAUUAAAAAUGAAGAAAUUUCAUUUACAAACAUAUACUUUUGCUUGUCGAAAAUAUUGAGCUAAUUGUUCUUGUUAACACAUACCCGACUUUAAAAAAAUAUUUUUGUAUCGUGUACUUCAUUCAUUGUAUGCAUACCGGUUUAAGAGUGAAAAAUAUUAGUGAUUGAUAACUUGAUAAUUUCACUCUGGCUAGAGUGAAAUGAUAACCCUUGCUCAUUUCACUCUGUACAGACAACUCGGGACUAUUUUUUCUAUCUUUUAUAAUAUAAGAUUUGCUUCCAUUGACUUGGAAAAAACUACAUACAUACAUGUAUGUACAUGUUUGUUGUCGUAUGUAGUGCAGUAAUAUACACAUUGACCGAAUCGUAUUGAAUUGUCAAAAUCAAAUUAUGCAAUAGUUAAUAAAACAAGCAUUUUUGCGAUUUAUUAUACAUAUUAAAAAAGAACAACUUACCAAUUUAUUUGUGAAUUAUUUCAUGGAACAUACUCAUUUCUAUCACAGUUAACCCGUUUGGUAGGUAUCGGAUGAAUAUUUUCUUGGCCAUAUGUGCUAGUAAUAGAGUUGAUAGAUCAUUUCUUCCUAAAAACUCUAACCGUGUACAAGUAUGCACAAGUAUUUUGAAUUUGACCAAUUUCCACUUUACAUUCAUCAGUUCAACAAUUCAUUUUUCUUUUUAAAAACAUUCAAAGUCUGCGCUGCAUCCCUCUCAAAAGCAUCUUCGGGCACAUCCUCGACAUUUCCUCUGGGGUCUUCGUAAACACACGGGAACGUGCCAUUCAACUUUAAUAUAGAUAUGAAACUGAUUCGCUGUGUCAACAACAAAACCUCCUCCGCCUUCACUGAGCAGAAAAUACCGUAAGAUCCAGAGUCUGAGAGCGACAGUGAAUAUAUACACUACGAAAAGCACUAAACACAGACUUCCGUUGCUUUUACGAAUUCACACUUUUAUAAGUCCAUCUUUGUUAAUUUAAAUAUGUUGAAAUUGUUUUUUAAUAUACAAAAAUGUCACAUGCUCAAGUUUCAGUGAAUUUUAUUUCUACGCGAAACAUUUUUUUUAUUUCCGAAAUGCUUUAUUUAAAUACUUGUUUUGUGCCUCAAUAAAUGUUAAAAAUGAUAGGUUUCGUUGAUGGAAGUAGAGUUCUAUCCAAAAAUAAUUUCAAUUCCAAUAACCAUUUCCAUAAAGUGUGGAACUUUUUUUUUAGUGGACGGACUGCUCGCACGAAAAGGAGGUUUUGUCGCAGUUACUUCCCUUCGCAAAGAGGCCACAUAAAUUUACUCUAAGGGGGAAACAUACCGAAAAACACGAUAUAUGCAUGAAAUAAAAAGAACAUUUCUUGAAUUCAGUGUAAGAUUGUAUUUUAUUUCACUCCUGGUCAUAGAAAAAUAAUAGUUUCACUCGUGACUACGCCACUCGUGAAAAUAUAUAAAUGAGAGAUGUUUUGGUUAAAUGUAAUCAUUGUAAAUAUCAUUACUAUUGUUUAAUCCAUAUUAUGUAAACAAGACAAACAUUAACCUUUAGUAAAUAUACUAUAUUUUAGUAGGAGUAGUAGAAGUAGCAGAAAUGUAGUAGUAGUAGUAGUAGUAGUAGUAGUAGUAGAAGUAGUAGUGGUAGUGGUAGUGGUAGUAGUAGAAGUAGUAGUAGUAGUAGUAGUAGUAGUAGUAGUAGUAGUAGUAGUAGUAGUAGUAGUAGUAGUAGUAGUAGUAGUAGUAGUAGUAGUAGUAGUAGUAGUAGUAGUAGUAGAAGUAGUAGUAGCAGCAGCAGCAGCAGCAGCAGCAGCAGCAGUAGCAGCAGCAGCAGCAGCAGUAGUAGUAGUAGUAGUAGUAGUAGUAGUAGUAGUAGUAGUAGUAGUAGCAGCAGCAGCAGUAGCAGUAGUAGCAGUAGUAGUAGUAGUAGUAGUAGUAGUAGUAGUAGUAGUAGUAGUAGUAGUAGUAGUAGCAGUAGUAAGAGUAGUAGACGUAGUAGACGUAGUAGUAGUAGUAGUAGUAGUAGUAAUAGUAGUAGUAGUAGUAGUAGUAGUAGUAGUAGUAGUAGUAGUAGUAGUAGUAGUAGUAGUAGUAGUAGUAGUAGCAGCAGCAGCAGCAGCAGCAGCAGCAGCAGCAGCAGCAGCAGUAUCAGCAGCAGCAGCAGCAGCAGCAGCAGCAGCAGCAGUAGCAGUAGCAGUAACAGUAGUAGUAGUAGUAGUUGAAGCAGUAGUAGCAGUAACUGCUUAAAUAUAUCAAAGAAAAAAAAUAAAAGGAUUAUCGGCUGGCAAGUUUCCUACCAUACUGUUAACCAAGAGAGACUUCGACGAUGUCAUAAAACAUUGCAUAUGUAUUUUUUCAUCUUCUUUCCAGAUAUUUGUUUACAGAAUACAUUGAUCACGAAUCAAAUACUAAUACACGAACUGUUUUAUCCGAUAGAUUAGUGUACAUGAAACAUUUGCAAUAUAUCGUUAGUUAACGAAAGCAACAUAACUUGUAAUAACUAUAUUACAUGAUACAUUUAUUUUUAUGUCGUCAUCUUACUUAUAAUUUUCUUUUAUAUUUUUAUGUUUAUUUUCAAGUGAAUUAAGUCUUCAAUCUAAUCUUAUUACUAUAUAAACAUUGAAUGUUACCAAAUAUGUCAAUAAAUCAAUCAAUA